AGUUUGUCCACCUUUUAUAUAAACCUAAAACUGCAUACGGACUAAUAAAAUACCAAUUUUUAGUUUAGUCUUAAAACAUCAGUUUCUGGGCUUAUGUUCUAUUAAGUGAUUGGGAUAUUUAUAUUUAUAUCUUAAGCUAAACAACUCCUUACAAUUUAAGAACUAACCAGGGAGAUUUUUAGUUAAAUGUGUCAAGCGGACGCAUUUUUAUAAGUAUUCAAUUAAAAAAAGUUAAAUAAGGCAAACGAAAUGGGGUGCGGAUCAUCAUCGUCAGCUGCAGCGCCGGAAGGACAACAACCACAGCAACAGCAACAACGGCAAGAACAACCACAAGAGCAGCAGACACAACAAACAAAAUCGACCCCAGCAAAAAGUUCUUCAAACGAAGAUGUUGGGGAGUUUUUGAAAGAGGGACUUGAGGCUCAUAACAGAUUGAGACAACCACACCAAGCACCAACAAUGACUCUAGCCGAUGACCUGAACGUCUACGCACAGAAAUGGGCAGAUAACCUCGCCGCCCGCGACACAAUGGAACACAGCAAUUGUAAGCUGCCCUCAGGGGGAAGUGUCGGGGAAAACCUAUACAUGUGCUGGUCCAGUGAUCCCAAAGCCGGAGUCAAAGCGUCAGACGCCGUUCAGUCAUGGUAUGAUGAAAUCAAGGACUACGACUUCAGCAAACCUGAUUUUGCGAUGGACACAGGUCACUUCACCCAGGUUGUUUGGAAAGGCUCCACCGAGCUGGGCAUGGCCUGGGCUAAGGCUAAGGGCGGAUCCAUCUACGUCGUGGCCUCUUACAGGCCAGCGGGAAACAUGAUGGGAGAUUUUGAAAACCACGUGCUUCCAAAAUAAUUAUGAGACCUUGGAAUUUAAUCGUUAGAAAAAUAAGCACACAUAUUAAAGCUGCACUCUCACAGAUAAACCUUUUUUUUUUUACUUUUUUAUGUUUUGUCUUUAAAGAGCAAAUUUUUGCGUAAAUAUCUGCAAACCAAUAAUUUGCUGACAAAACAUCAGAUCGCAGAUUUUAAUAUUUUCGUUCGAAAAAUAAUGUUUUAUGGCUAAAAGCCUUACUAACGGUUUAAGAAAAAUGCAUUCAACAUCAAUUUUUGAACGUAAAUAUGAAAAUCUGCGAUCUGAUUUUUUGUCAGAUGUCUUAUAUAACUGGUGUCCAUGGAUUUUCGCAUAAAAUGGCUCAUUCCAAGACAAAAAAAAAAAGUUGUCAAAACGUUCGAUAUGUGAGAGUGCGGCUUGAAAGACAAAUGAAUAAAACAUAAUAAGUAUUUAAAUAUAUAGAAAAAAUGCAUCAAGCGUGAUUGGGGUGUUUUAAUCUUGGCCAUUCAUUAAAAUAGUUUUAUUUUAUUUUUCAUCAUAAUGCAAAGUCGUUAAGGAUGAGUUGUUUUAUUUUGGACUUUGUUUAAUUAACCUGGGGACCGUUGUUACAAAUGACUGGUGUAUUAGAUGGUCCCAUAUAGUGUUGCAAGCUAUGCAAACUUGUAGUUGAAUUCCGUUGGUUGGAGAAAAUGUAGAAAAGAAUUGCCAUGUUCAGUAUGGUUUAAAGUUUCGAAAGAUGUAAAAUAGGAUUAUUUAUAUUUGAUCAGUUAAGUGACUUCAGAUUUUUAAGGAUAACAAAAGUUGUGAAUGGUAGCAUUACUACGACCCGAUAUCUAGUAAAUUAAAUGUAUAACAAAGCC